CGAUUCGCAACGGUUGCUUGAGAGGUCCGUGUGCCUUCGUAUCGUAGACACUCGGGAUCCCUCCGUGGCCUCACCUUUGUUCACGUUACAACCAUAACUUAAGCUGCAACCAAAAAGGAGACAAACAAGCACGACACCGCCUGUAGUCACUUCUCUUUGGAAUUGCACAAUGCAGAGACUGCAGGUUUUGAAGGGAGCUUUCUGUGGCUUGGAUCCAAUCCAACAGCAGCUUGUGAUUGGCUCAGCUGUGGCAGCGGGAGGAAUACUCAUUCACCUGCUUUACAAGAGAAGACAAGUCAAAAGUAUCCCCCUCGGUGAAGGGUGGUGGGGGGCAGGACAGAAGCCCCUGUCCGAAGAUGAGCAAAUCCAUCCCUUUGAAGUGCAAACCACGGAUGAAGAGAUUGAGGACCUCCACGAGCGCAUCGACAGAACCCGCUACACUGAAUCGUUAGAAGACGGCUGCUUCCACUAUGGCUUCAAUUCCACAUAUCUCAAGAAAGUGGUUUCCUAUUGGAGACACAAAUUUGAUUGGAAAAAGCAGGUGGCAGCACUCAACAAGUAUCCACACUUCAAAACCAAAAUCGAAGGCUUGGACGUGCACUACGUCCACGUGCGACCGCCACGCCGCGAGAACCAGACGGUUGUGCCUCUCAUGCUGGUUCACGGCUGGCCGGGCUCCUUCUACGAGUUCUACAAGAUUCUGCCGCUUCUCACGGAGAACCGGGACGGCCUGGCGUUUGAGGUCAUAUGCCCGUCCAUCCCCGGCUACGGUUUCUCAGAUGCGCCGCGCAAACAAGGAUUCGACAGUCUCGCUGCUGCCCGCGUUUUCCUGACACUGAUGGAACGUUUGGGAUUCUCGCAGUUCUAUCUGCAGGGAGGAGACUGGGGCUCGCUCAUCACCACCAACAUGUCACAGAUGAAGCCCAUGUGUGUUAAAGGUCUCCACUUGAACAUGAUUAAAGUGAGGAUGGGGUUCUCCGUGAUGUUUUCCCUCAUGAUUGGAUCUUAUCUGCCAUUCCUGGUGGGCUUCAGUCGGGAAGACGUUCGCCGAUUGUUCCCUUUCUUUGAGAAGAACGUCUACGGUAUCCUGAGGGAAACUGGCUACUUUCACAUCCAGGCCACCAAACCAGACACUGCAGGCUGUGGGGGGAAUGACUCCCCCGUGGGCUUGGCGGCCUACAUUUUGGAGAAGUUCUCGACCUGGACUGAUAACAGUAACCGAGCUCUGGCUGAUGGAGGGCUGGAGAGGAAAUUCAGCCUGGACGACGUCUUGACAAAUGUCAUGAUCUACUGGACCACAGGCUCCAUCGUCUCCUCCAUGCGCUUCUACAAAGAGAACUUUAAGAGCAACCCUGACAACAGAGUGGAUGCAAAGGUUGGGAUUACGGUUCCCACUGGACUCGCCGCCUUCCCCGCAGAGCUGAUGCACUGCCCGAAGUCUUGGGCAAGACAUAGGUAUCAGAACAUCUACUCCUACACUUUCAUGCCUCGAGGUGGUCACUUUGCCGCCUUCGAGGAGCCCCAGCUUCUAGCGAACGACAUUGUCCAGUUCGUCAAAAAAGUAGAGAAGUUCUAAACCCAUUGAUGCACUCAGAUAAUUAUUGUUAACUGUUCUUUAGAUCGCUGUCAAUUGAUUCAGACUGAUACUCCCAAAGGGGAUGUAGAUGCACGUUCCCCGUGUAGUUUGUUAUUGCACUAAAAUGCAUCUCAUAGAUUGAUUGCCCAAUUGCUUCAAUAUCAAGAUGUUUUCCAUGUUUUAAUAAAUGUAAACACACAAAGACUCAAUGUGUCCAACGAUUCCAUUCAAGAAAGCAAUAAAGAUAUGGUCGAAACAUA